AUGAAAAGGUCCAGCUUGAAUUUGAUGCCGUGUUGCAGGUGUUUGAUCAAGCAAAAGAUACAGCACGACAUCCUCUUUUUGGGAGAAUCUUAUUUGAUAUCCGAUCUCGGACGUGUGUUCUCGCUUUACGAGCUCAUAUUCAUGGCAAUCUAUUUUCCUGCAACGAUCCACGAUAGCUUGUCGUAUGGCAGCGCCAGCUUACGCCCUGAGGGAGUAUGGGUCAAACAGCUGGUCCAUCGAUUAGUGAUGAUCACCUUCCAUGGCCUUCGAGCAAAUAUGUACGUCGACCACAAGAAUAAGAAGCGAAGUGACAAUAGGCCAUGCAAUUUGGAAUGGGUCACAGCAGAAGAAAAUGAACGGCGAAAACGAGAAUCUCCUUCACCAUUUGACCCACGAAUCCGAGAAGUUGCUUUACCGGACACAAGUGAUGCUGCAUGGGUGAAUAUCGGCGUACACUGUGACGGCAGUGAUUAUAGCGCAUACGAAAUCUGCAAAGAAGGCGUUAUCAGACGUGUAUCAAAUCAGGAUCCUGUUGGGCAUUUAUAUACCGAUACGGGCUACGUGAUGCACAACAUGGAUGGCCAGCAAUUUGAGAUGAUUGGUUGCCAUCGCAAGGCUCAGGAUACCUGA